CGCCGGCCGCGCCGCCACAGCCGCCGCCGACGCCAUGGGCAAGUUCCGCAAGCUCGGGCGCCACGCCGCGCACCGUGUGUCUAUGCUCAGGACGAUGGUGUCGCAGCUGGUGAAGCACGAGCGCAUCGAGACCACCGUAGCGAAGGCGAAGGAGGUGCGACGCAAGGCGGAUCAGAUGGUGCAGCUCGGCAAAGAUGGCACACUGGAUGCGGCAAGACGUGCUUCUGCUUUUGUCCGGGGAGAUGAUGUUCUCCAUAAGCUAUUUACAGAGCUGGCCUACCGCUACAAACAUCGAGCUGGUGGAUACACGAGAUUGUUGCGAACUAGGAUACGAAUUGGAGAUGCUGCACCGAUGGCAUACAUUGAGUUUGUGGACAGAGAGAACGAACUCCGAGAGGCAAAACCUGCAACGCCACCACCACCUCAGCGAGCUCCACUUGAUCCAUGGGCUAAGUCUCGUGCUAGCCAACAAUGGGCAGGACCUAAAAUUACCUCGAGCCCGAAAUCAGAAGGCUUAUGAGAGCAGUGUCUCUACUGCGUUUUAUUUCUCGUGAAUGAGAAUACGCAUUUUGUCUGUACCAGUCACGAGGCUUGUCAUGCUGGAAGAUUUAUGUCAGGGUAUAAAUUGUCAAUAGAAUAAUUCAACUUAGUUGCUGAUGUAUGAUCGAUUGGGGCUGCUGUGUUAUCCACACAAGUAUGCUAUGGGGCAAGAAAUGCCAGUGAUGUAGUAUUGGUUUUCC